ACGAGCGCUGACUCAGAGGAGCGUUUAAUGAACUGGUUGCUGGAAAAGAAUCGUUACAAUCCGCUCAUCCGCCCAGCCGUAAACCGAACAGAGAGAGUCACCGUAAAGAUCCAAGUGUCCCUCGCGCAGCUCAUCAGUGUGAAUGAAAGAGAACAGAUAAUGACCACAAAUGUUUGGCUCACUCAGCACUGGGUUGAUUACAGAUUAUCAUGGGACCCUGCAAAGUACGAAGGUAUCGACAAGCUGCGCAUUCCAUCCAGACACAUUUGGCUCCCAGAUAUUGUGCUGUACAACAAUGCUGAUGGAACGUAUGAAGUUACUGUCUUCACCAAUGCCAUUGUUCUUUUCAAUGGCAGUGUCAACUGGCUUCCUCCAGCCAUCUAUAAAAGUGCCUGUAAGAUCGAAGUCAAGCAUUUCCCCUUCGACCAGCAGAACUGCACCCUUAAGUUUCGCUCGUGGACUUAUGAUCACACGGAGAUCGACCUGAUCUUAAAGUCGGAGGUGGCCAGUAUGGAUGAUUUCACCCCCAGUGGGGAAUGGGAUAUCUUGGCAUUGCCAGGCAGACGAACUGUCAGCUCUCUGGAUCUCACAUAUGUGGAUCUCACGUAUGACUUUAUCAUCAAGAGGAAGCCUCUUUUCUACACCAUAAACCUCAUCAUCCCAUGUGUUCUCAUCACCUCCCUGGCCAUCCUGGUUUUUUAUUUGCCCUCCGACUGUGGAGAAAAAAUGACUCUUUGCAUUUCUGUCCUUCUGGCUCUCACCGUCUUCCUGCUUUUAAUCUCAAAGAUUGUUCCUCCCACUUCACUGGAUGUACCACUGAUUGGCAAGUACCUAAUGUUCACCAUGGUGCUGGUGACCUUCUCCAUUAUCACGAGUGUGUGCGUGCUCAAUGUGCAUCAUCGUUCUCCAAGCACCCACACCAUGCCCUCCUGGGUUAAGAUAAUAUUUCUUGUAAAACUGCCUGCUUUACUUUUUAUGAGACGCCCUCACAACCACUCUGCACGUCAAAGACUCCGUCAGCAGCGGUGUCUACGAGGGAGGAGAUCCAUCUUGGCCCUCCUGUCCUCUGACUCUGCCUUCUCCACUCCAGGACACAAAAACGUUGCUUCACCAAUGGGACACAACAACAGGAAGGGGGACUUGCGGCCCACUGAUUACCCUUACUGUGGCUUCACUUCCACCCAGGACCUCCUGCAAAGAGCCAACUCGGAUUGGGCUGCUGAUGUCCAGGAGGCGGUGGAUGGGGUCCGCUUUGUAGCUGAGCACAUGAUGGGAGAUGAUGAUGAUCAGAGUGUAAUAGAGGACUGGAAAUAUGUGGCCAUGGUGGUGGACCGUAUGUUCCUGUGGAUCUUUGUCAUAGUGUGUGUGGUGGGAACUUUGGGCUUGUUUCUCCAGCCAAUCUUCCAAAGUCAGAUUAUUCCCAACCAGCAUCCUAUUUCGGAGACUCCUCGCAUUUGAUGA